GUCUUUCCACUGUUGAACAUCACCCCAUCCGACUACCCUUCAACCUACCAAACAAAUUUAAUUGUGCUAUCUUAUCAGUACCACCUUAGCUAAUCCGAUCCUUGUUUCUGUUCUCUCUUCCCUGUUUGAAUUCAGAAAGAAGUGAAAGAUAUCAUCGUUUUUCUAUGGAUCAAUCUUCGUCGUCAGGCAACACGGCAUCUGUGGAUGCUCCGCUUGAGCUGGUGGGGUUUGAAUUAUUGGAGUUGUCUCCUAACAGGGUCAGCGGACGCCUUCAGGUCACCAACAAGUGUUGCCAGCCGUUCAAGGUGCUGCACGGGGGAGUAUCGGCCCUAGUUGCGGAGGCGUUGGCCAGUAUUGGGGCUCACAUAGCGUCCGGUUAUCAGAGAGUGGCAGGAAUCCACCUUAGCAUCAAUCAUAUGAAAAGCGCUAAACUAGGCGAUCUGGUGCACGGUGAAGCCACCCCCCUCAACCUCGGCAAAACCAUUCAGGUGUGGGAGGUUCGAUUGUGGAAGAUUGAUCCUUCAAACUCCGAGGAAAAGUCCUUGAUAUCAUCAUCCAGGGUUACUCUUGUGUGCAACUUGCCUGUGCCAGAGCAUGCUAGGAAAGCUGGAGAAAAUCUCAAGAAGUAUGCAAAACUAUAAAUCCAUUCUGUCUAUCUCUUGAACUUGUUGUAUUUGUAGCAACGAUAAAUUCAAGCAUUCACCCAAAUGUUGCAGAAAAUAAAAUCAAAACUCAGUUGUAUG